AUGGAGGACACCGGUGGAAUGAAGCAGGAGCUACAAUUUCAACUCCAUAAACUACGCCACAUAAAAUCAGAAAAAACGCUAAACCACAUGCUUUCCACUCUCUGGAACACAAGGGAAACCGGUCUUCCUCUUCCCGAUAAAUCGCAUUUCCAAUCCCUUCUCAAACUCUCUUCACAUUCUCAACUCGAUCCUGUGUUGGCGUCUCUUCGGUGGCUUAUCAGAAAAUUUGUUUAUCAAAAUUGGAGCGACAAUGAGCUUCUUGAAUUGCUUCUGGCCGAUCUUCCGUUGCAGUUGCGAACCAUUCUUUUACUCACCUUCCAGAAAAAUCGAGAUCGCUGGAAGCAGGAUAUAUCUUCACAACAGGUCAGAACACAUGUCCCUCCAUCAUUUUCCUCCGCGCCUUCUUCCUUGAUGUCAACAUCUAUGUGGCCACGCCAAGACCAUGAUUCUCUUUCCCAGCUAAACUGCGGUGAUUUGGGAGUAUCAACAUCACUUGUUGGCGAUGUUAAUGAGUCAGGGCUGCCUGCAUGCUUCCAAUGUGAUAUCGCUUCUUCUGAGAAUUUGGUACUUGAGGAAAACCUUCCUUACCUCAAAUCAAUGACUUGGACUAUGGAGAAUGGUGGCGCUUCCCCUGCAGAUAGAGUGGCUAUAAUCAGUCUUAAGCUGCAGGAUUAUAGUAAGUCUCCUUUAGGAGAAACAGAGCUCAAGUUUCAGCUCAAAAAGGAUACACUUGAGGCUAUGCUGAGAUCCAUGACAUAUCUCAGCGAACAGCUAAGUGGUGUUGGGAAUACUUCCAGGCCAGCAAACAAGAAACAAAAGAAGUAA